AUGAAGUCUUACAUUCCAUUUUUCAUUCUUCUGUGGAGUGCUGUUGGAAUUUCAAAGGCUGCCAAAAUAGUUAUUGUGCCGCCAAUUUUGUUUGAAAGCCAUCUAUAUAUUUUCAAGACCCUGGCUUCAGCCUUGUAUGAACAUGGCCACCAGACUGUUCUGCUUCUGUCUGAGGGCAGAGAAAUCCCUCCAUCAAGUCAUUACAGACUACAGCGAUACCCAGGGCUCUUUAAUACAACCACCUCAGAUGAAUUUCUUCAUUCCAAAAUGAGGAGUAUCUUUUCUGGAAGACAAACGGCGUUGGAGCUGUUUGAUAUUCUGGAUCACUAUUCCAAGAAUUGUGACAUGGUUAUGGGCAACAAGAAGCUCCUGCAUGCCCUGAAACAGGAAAAAUUUGAUCUGCUACUAGUAGAUCCUAAUGAGAUGUGUGGAUUUGUUCUUGCCCAUCUUUUAGGGAUUAAAUAUGCUGUUUUUUCCACUGGCCUUUGGUAUCCUGCAGAAGUAGGUGCACCUGCACCAUUAGCAUAUGUCCCUGAAUUUAAUUCACUUCUCACAGACCACAUGAACUUCCUAGAAAGAUUUAAGAACACUAUUGUUUAUCUGGUUUCAAGAUUUGGAGUCAAUUUUUUGAUUCUGCCAAAAUAUGAAAGGAUAAUACAGAAGUAUAGUGUACAGCCAGCAAGGUCCAUGUAUGAAUUGGUUCAUGAAUCCAGCCUGUGGAUGCUAUGUACUGAUGUAGCACUGGAGUUUCCAAGACCUACACUACCAAAUGUUGUUUACGUGGGAGGAAUCCUGACCAAACCAGCCAGUCCUCUACCAGAAGAUCUGCAAACAUGGGUGAAUGGUGCUACUGAAAAUGGCUUUGUCCUUGUAUCAUUUGGAGCUGGAGUGAAAUACUUACCUGAAGAUAUAGCAGAUAAAUUGGCACAUGCUCUGGCUAGACUUCCUCAAAGAGUAAUUUGGAGAUUUUCAGGUAAAAAUCCCAGGAAUUUAGGUAACAAUACAAAACUUAUAGAAUGGUUACCACAAAAUGAUUUAUUAGGUCACUCUAAUAUUAAGGCCUUCCUUAGUCAUGGUGGUCUGAAUAGCAUUUUUGAAACCAUGUACCAUGGUGUUCCUGUGGUGGGAAUCCCUCUUUUUGGAGACCAUUAUGACACCAUGACUCGAGUGCAGGCCAAGGGCAUGGGUAUACUACUAAACUGGAAGACUCUUACAGAGGAUGAGUUAUAUAAUGCACUGGUGAAAGUUAUUAAUGAGCCCAGCUACAGGCGACAGGCCCGGAAGCUGUCUGAAAUCCAUAAAGACCAACCAGCUCAUCCUGUUAAUCGAACAGUCUACUGGAUUAAUUACAUCCUUCGUCAUAAUGGAGCACAGCAUUUACGAUCUGCAGUUUACACUGUCUCUUUAUAUCAGUAUUUCUUAUUGGAUAUUGCCUUUGUUGUGCUACUUUGUACUGCCUUACUCUGCUACAUUUUGGCCAGGAUAGCAAAAUUUAUUUGCAAGCAAAGCAAACAUUUUUGGUCCACUGAUGAACAUGUUACUGUCAAUGGACAUUACCAGAAUGGGAUACCAAACGGCAAGUAUAGAAGAAAUGGUCACAUUAAACAUGAAAAAAAGGUGAAAUGAGCCAACUACUCAAUGUACAUUAGCAACAAAUCAGUACUAUAAUUAAAUUUUAUAGCUGUAACAUAGUAUAACACCUACUUAAAGUAAAACAAUAAACAAUUCUAAUGCUCCCCUACAGUAUGUAAUCUUAUGCAAUUAAAUUCUGCAGAACUAAGAAAAAUCUUUAGAAAAAUGAAGCACAACCUAAAGUACAAAAAGUAUUUUAUUCUUAAUACUGAUGGAGAAAGGUCAUUCUGGCACUGAAGUUUUCUAGAAGCCUUAAUUCUCUGAAGUAAUUCAUUAGGUAUAUUCAUGUCAAUUUGUGAAUAAUAUGUGUGUCUCAGAAAAGGAAUGGUUUCCUUUUACUUACAAAGAUUCUUCCUUUUUUCAUGCACAUUUAUAUUUUAGCAAAGAAAUCUUGGUUCUAUUUAUCUAAGGUUUAAUUUGUUAUCUGACAAUGAUGUUAAUUAAAGUCAUCUUUCAUAGUGUUCAGUACAUAGAAAUAAACAAACUGUAGAAUUAUAAUGCAGCCAUAAAAAUCAUAUUCUUAAAAGGCAUUGAAGAAUAUGAUGAUACACCGUAGUUUUGAUAUACCACAUAACUCUUCCAUUUUCUUCCAUUUCUUUAAAGAAAAGGAAAUUGCACAAGAGUACCAUAAGGUGUAAUUUUAUAUUUAUGUAAAUUUUAGUUCUGUUCCUUACCUUUCCCCAAUUCAUUAUUUAUGCCAUAGUAAGGUUGUUCUCUUUCAAUAACUACAAGGGCUAUGUGGAUAUAAUAAAUCGAUAUAAAAAUAAAUGAAGCAGAGAAAAAAAUAUUCUGCACUGGCUCUUUGGAAAAGGAUUAUUCUUGUCCCUUGAGCAAUGCAGAAUCAAACCAUUUUUGGUUUGUUAUAAAGUUGAAUGUCUUAACUAUUAUAUUACUACAAUUAAGGUUUUGUCCCCGCCCCAAACCAUAAUGGUUCAGAGGUUCACUUAGUUCUGUCUAUAAUCUUUAGAGUAAUCUGGUCCAUGUAAUCCAUGUUAUCUAGUUGCCAACAUCAUUUAUUUGAAUCUAAAGGAGGUUAUUUUUUGGUCAGUUACACUGUUUUUGUAGAGGUUUGAUAUCAUGCAUGACAUUAAACCUAUAAACUAGUUAAACACUGUGCCUCUUCCUACACUCAUAGCAUUAUUUUUCUGCACAAUGCUUUUUCAAUCACUGCAACCAAUAUAGGUAUCUGUUUUUAAACAGAGAAUGGGAAUACAGGGCAUUAAAAUAUUAGGAUUGUCCCGUUAAACCAGUGUUGGCAACUAUAUGUUUAUUAAAUUUCCUUGUCAUCCUGUUUACUUGGAAUUUGCACUGCACAUGUUGUGGGUGUAUACUUUAUUUAUUUGCAGUUUGAAAUCCCAUGUCUGACAGCGUUAGGAAUAAAAACAAAAACAAAUCUAAACUGUGUAUUCACUAACGUGGGAAAAGUUCUUAAAAACUGUAGACUAAAAUCAUCUUCAUACACAGUGACAUGAUGCUUCAUUACCAUCCCAUCAGGAGCCUCUAUAUUAUAGCAAUAAAGUAGAAACUGCAGAUGCAUUUCUAAAAUUUAGUACAGGCAUUUGUACUUUCCAGAUACUUGAAAGGGUGUGGUGUUAUUAAUAUGCCUAUAGCUUUAUCUUUUUACAAUCCUAUCAAUAUGUGGCAACUGAGGAAACACAAAGAGGCAAUGAAUGGUGGGAGAAUGACAGAACCUAGAGUGUAUGAAUGAACUAGUUUUAAUGUUUUUGUAUUGAAGAAAGUACACAAACACUGACCGGAUGAUUAAGAAUAAUUUAAUCUCCACUGUGAUAAAAUUUAAGCAAUAAACAUGGAUUUAAUACAGAAAAAA